AUGCCGCCAACGAGCGGGCAUCUGCUGCUCCCCAAAAUAUGGAGAGCAGCAAGAUUUGCCUACGAGAAGACGGCCAGAGCUCUCAGGGCCAAACUCUCAGAACCAACACAACAACUGCAACCAAAGCUUCAGCCAGCGUACGCUCAUGCUGGUUCUCGUCAACCCAUUAGUCGAGCCGCAGCUAUCCGACAAGCUCAAAGCCGUCGUUUCUCUACACGUGCAGGCGGUUAUAUCGGUUCGUACCUGCGUCAAGUCUCACGUCCCGCUGGCAACGCCGUCCCAAAUUCGUCAGUCCGACAAAUGGUCAGCCGUAUCACAACCCAUUCACCUUUCAACUCCGCUCUUCGUCCUAAUUUGACCGGCGGAACCCUCGGUCGUACAGCCGGUGGAUAUAGUGUUGGAGCAGGAAGACUCGGUGGAGCAAGAUACUUCUCACACGGUCCCGCUGCACCCGCACAGGUUAUUCAGAAUGUUUCUGUCGCAAUGCGUGGGUUUUGGCUCUCCGGCCAACGAGCCCGAUUUGAUGGAAUCGACCCUCAUACAGGCGAGAAGCGCUUCAAGACAUUGACACCCCUUCAAGAUAAGGCACAGCGCCGAAUGGCGGAAGUUUCUCGCAACACUCCUGGCUCAUACAUUGACUUCCAACUAUCCCCGACAAUCACUGCGAUUGGAAACCUCAAGAACGAGUCCCUCAAGUCGGAAGGCUUGAUGGAGCUGCUUUCUGUCGACUUUGCCCGUGCUCUGAAGGACCUUGCAGCAGUUUUGAAUGAUCUUAAGCGUCUUGGAACAUUGGGCGAUCUUCCAGUCUCUCUGGAGAAUAAAUCCACUCUCCGUGUUCGCUUCCCUGGCUGCGAUGCUGAUCAAGUAGAGCGGCUAUGCGAGGAGGUUGGGGUCGAGCGCGGCCAGAUAUUCCAGGACGAAGACUUCGAUCAACGAACUGGUGCACAGCUGGCCCUGCUAUUUCCAUUUGCACCCAGUAUUGCUCCUUCACCAGAAUUAGAGCUUUUCACAAUUCAUGAAAACCCGCGGGUUCCGGCCAAGCAUGAUUUGGAUUGGCGCUUGAUGAUGUCUGGCCAGACAUCACCCGGAAUGUCGAACAACACAAACCAGAUCAGCUUCGAGGACGUCGAGAUGUUUGGUAACAAUCCAUGGGUCUCGUCGCCAACUGGCUUCUCUAGUGUUGGAGUGAGCGAACUUGGUGAUCGAGAAUUCUUUGCUGAGCUGUCUCACCCUCACGGUGGAGAUAGUCAUUCCGAUUACGAAGGCGUCCAAGGAAUCUACAAAUUUUUGGAACAGUGCGAUCUCGCUGCAGGUCAACGGUUCUAG